AUGGAAAAGUUUCAAAAAUUUGUCAAGGAUACUAAAGUUAAGUUCUCCAAGCUCAAGAAUUCCUUUGUAAUUGAAUCACGAAUAAGAUUUGAUGAAUUUUUCGCUACUUCAUUUUGGUUGUUGAAUGCUAUUGGCUAUGAUUUUCGCAAGUUUAAGGAUGCAACUACGAAGAGUGAAAAGAUUAAUAUUGCCUUGCAUAAUGCUCAUUACUGGUUUGGCAAUAUCAUCAUUGUACUUUUGGUGAUCUUUUCAGAACUUGAGUUAUGGUGUGGACCUACAACCAACUUAUCAAAACGUCUUUUUGGAACUGCACUUCUAAUGACUUACUUCAUCAACCAGUAUAGGAUUCUAUCAUUUUGGUACAAUAAGUCUAAACUCAUGGAUAUUUUGACCAAGUUGAAGAAAUCAUAUCCAAAAUCUUAUCCGUCUGCAUUAGCAAUCUGUGGAGCAUUCAAGAUCGUUCAGGCAAUAUUUGUUGGGGUUAACAGUGUGAUGGCUUCUGUAACUUUGAUACCUGUUCUAAGGUGGCUCAUUACUGGAGACCGAACAUUCAUUGUUCCAUUCCCAAACUACUUUACAUACGAUUUUAUCUAUCCAUUCGUCUUAAUUUGGAGCAAUUAUGUCGGAAUAUAUGGAAUAUACCUAAUUACAUCAAUAAUGUUGAUGACAUCAAUCCUAAUUACCACCAUCUCUGUUGAAUUCUAUUCGUUGAGUGAUAAAAUCAAAAACUUGAAAGACAUGACUGAGGAUGAAAUUGAAUUAGAACUCCCAAAGUUGAUUGAGAAUCACCAGAAGACAUUCCAGCUAGUUCAUGAUUUAAAAGAUAUUUUUUCAGAGACAUUUUUCUUCCGCUUCAUUGUUAGCGCCUCGCUUAUCGGACUGAACUUGUUUCAACUUCAAACAACUGAAAAUGUUUUUGAAAACUCAAUUUUCCUCAUUUAUACAUGCUUUGAGAUUGGUCAAGUGUUUCUUCAGUGCUAUUUUGGUCAGUUCUUGAUUGACGCUAGUGAAAAAAUUGCCGAUGAAGUUUACAAUUGUGGCUGGGAAAAUUGGCAAAGGAUAAGUUUGAAGAAGAAAUUGGUAAAUGUUUUGCAACGCGCUCAAAAACCAGCAGUUCUUACCAUCUGGAAAUUCGGUGUUAUUUCUAUGAGACAAUUCACAUGGGUAUGGCUUAAAAAUUGA